GCGUAUUGAGCGGAACCGGAGCGGCGGAGGAGCGGAGCCAGCGCCCAGCCCAGCCGCGCCAGCGGGCGCCGCCGGGCCCCGUGUCGGAGUGCGCCCCGCCCCGCCGGGGGAGCCCCGGUCCCUCCAUGAGAUCGCUCGGCGGGGUCCGGCUCUCAGCUCGGAGCGCGCUUGCUGUCGCCCCCCCCUUCCCAGCCGGAGCCGCCAUCGCCGCCUAACAUGAGCAAACUGUCGUUCCGGGCCCGGGCGCUGGACGCGUCCAAGCCGCUGCCCGUCUUCCGCUGCGAGGACCUGCCUGACUUGGCCGAAUAUGCCUCCAUUAACCGGGCCGUGCCGCAGAUGCCCACGGGCAUGGAGAAGGAAGAGGAGUCGGAACAUCAUUUGCAGCGGGCUAUCUCAGCACAACAAGUCUAUGGAGAGAAGAGGGAUAACAUGGUUAUACCAGUUCCAGAAGCAGAAAGUAAUAUUGCAUACUAUGAGUCUAUAUAUCCUGGAGAAUUUAAAAUGCCAAAGCAGCUGAUUCACAUACAGCCUUUUAGUUUGGAUGCUGAGCAGCCAGAUUAUGACAUGGAUUCGGAAGAUGAGAUCUUUGUGAAUAAGUUGAAGAAAAGAAUGGACAUCUCUCCUUUGCAAUUUGAGGAGAUGAUAGACAGACUAGAAAAGGGCAGCGGUCAGCAGCCAGUCAGCCUGCAAGAGGCCAAGCUGUUGCUGAAGGAAGAUGACGAAUUGAUCAGAGAAGUAUACGAGUACUGGAUUAAAAAGAGGAAAAAUUGUCGAGGUCCUUCACUUAUUCCAGCAGUGAAGCAGGAAAAACGAGAUGGCUCCAGCACAAAUGACCCUUACGUUGCUUUUAGAAGACGAACGGAAAAGAUGCAGACACGAAAGAAUCGGAAAAAUGAUGAAGCUUCUUAUGAGAAGAUGCUGAAGCUGCGUCGAGAUCUGAGUCGUGCAGUAACCAUCCUGGAGAUGAUAAAAAGGAGGGAAAAAAGCAAGAGAGAGUUGCUGCAUUUAACACUGGAAAUUAUGGAAAAGAGGUAUAAUUUGGGUGACUACAGUGGAGAGAUCAUGUCUGAAGUCAUGGCACAGCGGCAGCCACUGAAACCCACCUAUGCUAUUCCCAUUAUUCCUGUGACUAACAGCAGUUCUUAUAAACACCAAGAAGCUAUGGAACUGAAAGAAUAUAAAGUCAAACAAGAUAAACCUGAUGUUAUUAGACCCAAAAGAAAGUAUGAGAAGAAGCCAAAAGUCUUACCUUCGUCCACUGCUGCUCCUCAACAGACAAGUCCUGCUGCACUGCCAGUCUUUAAUGCUAAAGAUCUGAAUCAGUAUGAUUUUCCUAGCUCAGAUGAUGAACCUCUUUCCCAGGUUUUGUCUGGUUCUUCGGAGGCUGAGGAAGAAAAUGAUCCCGAUGGUCCUUUCGCCUUCCGUAGGAAAGCAGGCUGUCAGUACUAUGCUCCUCAUUUAGACCAACCUGGCAACUGGCCGUGGAGUAGCCCCAAGGAGGGAAGAUUAGGAGAUGUGCGUUACAGAUACUGCUUAACCACCCUCACUGUCCCCCAGAGGUGUAUUGGGUUUGCACGGAGACGGGUUGGCCGUGGUGGAAGGGUGCUACUGGACAGAGCGCAUUCGGACUACGAUAGUGCAUUUCAUCACCUGGAUUGGGAAAGCUUUUCCUCAUCGCAACACUCUUCAAUCAGUCAAUUUGCCAAUACCUCAGAAACAAAUACCUCGGACAAAUCUUUCUCAAAAGACCUCAGUCAGAUACUAGUCAAUAUCAAAUCAUGUAGAUGGCGGCAUUUUAGGCCUCGGACACCAUCCCUACAUGACAGUGACAAUGAUGAACUCUCCUGUAGGAAAUUAUACAGGGGUUUAAAUCGAACAGGCACAGCACAACCCGGGACCCAGACAUGCAGUACCUCUAUACAAAGUAAAAGUAGCAGUGGUUCAGCACAUAUUGAAAGUGAAACAUCUCUGAGCCUGGUGCAUCAAAUACUAAAUCACACUGAUGGCUCUAAGUCUCUCCAAUCUUCUGAAUUCACUGCAUUUACAGCCGAACAAUACCAGCAACAUCAACAGCAACUGGCACUAAUGCAGAAACAGCAGCUUGCACAAAUUCAUCAACAGCAAGCAAAUAGUAAUUCCUCUGCCAACACAUCACAGAACCUUGAAACUAACCAACAGGAAAGUGGCUUUCGCCUGAAUCUACAUCAUAGCCAUUCUGUAAAGUGUUUAGAAGGGACACUGCAGGGUUUUGUUUCCAAGACACUGGAUUCUGUUAGUGCUCAAUUUGCUGCUUCAGCUUUGGUUACAUCAGAACAGCUGAUGGGAUUCAAAAUGAAGGAUGAUGUGGUGCUUGGAAUUGGGGUGAAUGGCAUUCUUCAGGCCUCAGGAGUGUACAAGGGCUUACACCUCAGUAGUACUACACCUACAGCACUUGUCCAUACAAGUUCAUCAUCAACAGCAGGUUCAGCCUUGUUACAGCCUUCAAAUAUAACGCAGACUU